AUGCUGCUCCGCACCCUCAAACGUGCGUGGUGCGCUGGCGAUGAAAUGCCGGAUCCUUUUGUGAAAGGUGAAAUCCAUGACAAGAAGCUCAUACUGAGCGUCUGGUGGAGAGUUCAUGGAAUCUACCGUUUCCAACUGCUGCCGGACAACACGACAGUUACUGCCGAAGUCUACUCCGCUCAACUGCAAAGACUAGCCGACAAGAUCCACAAGGAGCACCUGAAGCUCGACAACGUUCGCCUGCUGCGCGAUAACGCGCGCCCUCACAUCGCGAAGAAGACCUCCCAUAAAAUUGUGGAGCUCGGAUGGGAAGUUCUAUCAUACCCCUCAUAUAGUCCGGCCUUACCCCGAGCGACUACCACCUCUUCCGAUCGCUUCAGCAUCACCUGGAAGAGAAGCGCUACGAUGAUCGUGACCACCUCGAAAAUGACCUUCCGGCUUUCUUCGCCUCCAAGUCGCCGAAGUUCUAUGCCAAAGGAAUCCGUGAUCUUGGGAGACAGCAGAACUGCUCAAGUUCGUAGAAAAAUGGUUGAAAUGGAUGUCAAUAAGGAAAAUGAAGAAGAACCCAGCUUCUCCGAUCCCGAGGAUUAUGUUGAUGACAUCGCUGAUGAAGAGUUGGUGAUGGACGUUUUGCGUCAGCAACCCUCCCGAGAUGAGUACGAAGAGUCGUGUUUACUUAUUUUUGGAAUCCCUGUAGUUGGGCCGGAAAGAGUUGGAAAACUCCGCACAGUGCUAACGAAGGUGUUCACAAAUGUAGAACCUGACCACAAGGCACAUUUCCCACUCACUGAGGACGGAGGAAGCAAGGGAUGCGUUUUUAUUGAGUUCCCGGACAAAAUCAAAGCUGAAUAUGCGAAGGGAGUUCUUAAUGGGUACAAGUUGGACAAAAAUCAUGUGUUCUCUGCCCUACUUUUCAACGAGGCUCGACACUUCCAAAGGCCACAGGAGAAUUGGCAACCGCCCAAACCUACUCCGUACAAUGAUGUGGGAGAUUUGUGGUGGUGGAUGCAACAUCCGCGAUGCCGAGACCAGUUUGCUGUGCAGUACGAAAAGGAUGGUGUUCCAACGGUCGCAUGCUACUGGCAUAUAAAGGGUCAUGAUCCCGAAAUCGCUGGUGACCCUGGAAAAGCUGAACGUCCGUCGUGGACGGACACUGUAUUCAAAUGGUCUCCUCAUGGUUCGUAUUUAACCACAAUCCACAAGCGAGGUGUUGCUCUCUGGGGAGGACCGGAGUUUUCGCGAGUUCAACGUUUUGCACACGAUAACGUGCAGUUCAUCGAUUUUUCACCUUGUGAAACUUAUUUGGUGACCUAUGCCGAAACUGCUGAAAAAAACCACUGGGGUGACGACGAAAACUGCUUGCGGAUCUGGGAUGUCGUCACAGGCGAAAUGCUCAAGGGAUUUUCUCUCUACGCUCUCACAAAUCGAGAUCAACUUCCGUGCUGGCCUUUCUUCCAGUGGUCAUUUGACGAGAAAUAUUUUGCCUGCCUUAAAGCUCCUGAGAAGGAUAAACUAGAAAAGGAGAAGAAAAUCAAUGGGAUAUCUGUGUUUGAAACUGAGACCUUCAAGUUGGUGGAUCGCCGUCAUAUAAUAGUUGAGAAUAUCAAGACUUUUUCAUGGAGUCCUACUGCGAAUAUAAUCUCGUAUUAUGCUGAGUGCACUGACUCACUUCCUGCUGAAUUUGGUCUUGUGCAAAUGCCAAACCAGCAGCGAUUGAGAUCUGGUCGCAUCUAUAACGUCGCUGAUGCACAGAUGUUCUGGCAGAAGAGUGGGCAGCGUCUUGCAGUUUAUACGAUGAGAUACUCCAAGAAGCAGAUGAAGGAAGGUGGUGAAGUUAAGUACGUUGGUGGAUGUACGUAUCACAUAGAAAUUUUCGAAAUUGAUAAGAAGGACGUUUCUCUAAUGAAUUUGCCUCUCCCUGAACCGUUCAUAAAUUUCGGUUGGCAACCUUAUGGAGAAAAAUUCUGCGUAUUAACUGGAAAUCAAGCGAAAGCAACCCCGUUGGUCUAUAGAAUUGAAGCGAACAGCCACGCGCCGAAAUUGAUGAGCAAGCUUGAUGCUGGUGUUCAAUUCAAUGAGGUGUCCUGGGCUCCUGCCGGGGGAUGGUUGGCUGUUUUAGCGAAACGAUCUACUGGUGGAAACGUUAUGUUCGUUGAUACCACUCUUCAAGAGGCGAAGCGUACCAACGUUGUUGAGCAUCCAGGUUUCAACAAGUGUUACUGGGAUCCGACAGGUCGUUACUUCGUUACGUGCUCCACUCUGGGCGGGCGAAUGGGAGCUGAUUUAGGUUUCCGACUAUACACUUUCCAGGGACGUGAACUCUGUCGGAAAGGUCUAGAAAGGCUAUCUCAAUUUAAAUGGCGCCCACGACCACCCGUAAAACUCAGCGAUCAAAAGUUGAAGGAAAUCAAGAACAACCUUAAGAAGACAGCGGUUCGAUUCGAGCGUGAAGAUAAUGAGGAGAAGAACCGAGCGAGCCAAGAAGUUGUGGAAAAGAGACGAAAGAUAAUGGCAGCGUUUGAUGUAAUCCGUCAGAAAAACCUCAAGAAAAUUGCUGCUCAAAAAGACCUCAGGAUUUCUCUUCGAGGUGGUGUGGACACGGACAACAUGAAAGCGGACGAACUGGUUGAGGAACAAAUUAUGGUUGCUCUAGAUACUCAGAAAACACUAGCACCCCUUGGAGAAGAAGAGCUGGAUUAA